AUGCUGGUCAAAGCCCCAAAGCAGGCAGACCACCUCAAAAACCUCACCGAGGCGUUUAGCCUGCUCCGCCAAUAUCGCAUGAAGAUGAAUCCAAGUAAAUGCAAGUUCGGUGUAUCAUCUGGCCGGUUCCUGGGGUACUUAGUGACGCAACAAAGUAUUGAGGCACACCUGCGCCAAAUCAAAGCCAUUCUCGAGAUGAAGUCGCCUUCCACAGUAAAGGAAAUACAAAGCCUGACGGGUAACAGAUUCCUCUCAAAAUCUAUCGACAAGUGCAGACCAUUCUUCAAAGUUUUGAAGAAGGGGCAAAAAGAUAAGUGGGAUGAGGAGUGCGAAGUAGCUUUCCAGAAUCUAAAGACUUACCUCACUUCACCUCCCCUGCUCUCAAAGCCAGUUCUUGGUGAAGACUUGUUCAUGUACCUGGCAGUGUCCAACUCAGCCGUCAACUUAGCUCUCAUCCGAGAAGAACUUGGGGCCCAACAUCCAAUAUUCUACACUUCAAAAGCUCCUCUCGAUGCAGAGACUCGCUACCCGAAAUUGGAUAAGCUCCUUUUGGCCCUUGUAGUUUCCGCGAGAAAGCUGCGACCCUAUUACCAAGCUCAUCGAGUAAUCGUCAUGAUCGACUUUCCUUUGAGAUCAAUCCUCCACAACCCUGAUGCUUUUCAGCGACUCAUGAAGUGGGCUAUAGAGCUAAGCCAAUACGACUUCCUCUACCGGCCGAAGACUGCAAUAAAAGCCCAAGCCUUGGCAGACUUUGUUGCAGAAUUCACUCCAUCAGCCGAAGAAGAUAAGCUGGUCAGCAAAAAGAAGGAAAGUUCGAGAGCAGACAAGACCACCGCUGAACCUGACCAACCCAGAGAAAUGUGGCAGUUGCGCGUAGAUGGAGUGUCGAACCAAAAAGGAGCUGGCGCAGGCGUCGUUAUCAUCACCCUGGAUGGAACCCUGCUAGAGCAAGUUAUCAUGCUUGGCUUCCCGGCUUCAAACAACGAGGCAGAGUACGAGGCAUUGCUCGCUGGCUUGCGCUUGGCAAAGAAGCUAUCAAUCAAAAAGCUAGCCAUCUACUUAGAUUCCCAGCUGAUCACAAGUCAAGCCUCAGGAGAAUACAUGACGAAGUACCCGAGGAUGAUCUUGUACCUUGACAAAGUCCAAGAGUUGUUGAAGGCGUUUCCCACCUUCACCAUCAAGCAAAUGCACUGGCAAGCUUAG